UGUGGAGCUUGAUUACUUUCACCUGCGUACGCACCUUCUAUUAAGCGGCUUCGGGCAAAACAAUAGGACCUUAUCACCGGUAACUUUAUGUACUGUAUUUCCAAUUUGAUGGAAAUCUAUUCUCGCCACUCCGUAGUUAUCUCCUCGAAUCAUGCUGACCGACACAGGCCCAGUGGCCAAACUCUACUUGUCCAUAAUUGAUGAUGUGAUUGAGAGUAUGAGGGAGCUCUUCUUGGAUGAAGGGCUUGAAGACAGAGUCCUGGACGAUUUAAGACAUUUGUCAGUUACAGCAAAGUUAGAUCAUCUAGUAUCAUCUAGAGGAAGUGUGCACCAUACCGGGAAAAGACAGACUGCUGUGUCUUCUGCUGUGCAGCUGUGGGAGUCAAAGAUGAUGCAGUCUAAAGCAAUGGAAGACUUCAGGAAAAACAAUAUCAACUCAUCCAACUUUGUGCUCCAGCUCCCUGCAAACUACAGACAGAAUGAUCAAGAACUCACAGCCUCAGUCGUGAUCCCUGCAAGUCAGAAUAUCUGCAGCUUCCCAGUCAAGAACAACUCAGAGACACUUGCUACUUUUUCUCUCCCUGCUGGGUUAGCCUACCCUGUGCAGAUACCAGCAGGAGUCACUCUACAAACAGCCUCUGGUCAGCUUUACAAGGUCAAUGUUCCUGUUGUGGUUACUCCGGCCCCAGCAGGUCAGCAGUCUGUAUCCCACCCCACACAGAAAGCUCCUGCCCCUCAGCCAGUUGCAAUUCCACCACAUACCAUUCACCCACCCCAGGAGGUGGAACCAUCCCCUGUUCAAGCUACUUCUGUCACACAGCCGCCACAGCUAAUGACUGAUUUACCCCCCAGCCAGGAGAGCAGCCUCCCCCAGCAGCCACAGGUUCCUGCUGCUGACACCUCACAGCUUCAGUCUCCACCACCUGAGGUCACACUGGCAGAAAAUGAGUCGAGUCCACAAGCUGAACCUGUGAACUUGAGUAUGACCGCCUCACCCUGCAGUCAGUUAUUAGACUUCCAGCUCGGCACAGAGGAGGCUUUGACACAGACGACUCAGUUAAAGACCAGAGACGUUGAUGACAUUCUGAAAGAAGUGAUUGAGGAGGAGAGAGAGAAAGCAGACAGGCUGGACCUGUACAGUGAACUGUCAGACAUCGUUCAGCUGGAUGGUCCUGCAGACAACUCUGACAUGGAGGAGGAAGAUGGAGGACUUCCGCUGGAAGAGAACGACUUUCUGGGUAUGAUCAAUGCAGAGGCAAUAAAGGUCCUGCAAGAAGGAGAUGGAAGCAGUGACGACAACAGCAUCUCCUCCAGCAGCGACAGUGAGGGAGCAGAUGAACUUGCUAAUGUAGAGGAAGAGGAUCCUUUGAAUUCAGGUGAUGACGUGAUCGAGCAGGACAUCCCAGAUCUCUUCGACACUGACAACGUAAUCGUUUGUCAGUACGACAAAAUUCACCGCAGUAAGAACCGCUGGAAGUUUCAUUUGAAAGAUGGAGUGAUGUGUUACGCAGGCAGGGACUACGUGUUCUCUAAAGCUGUUGGAGAAGCUGAGUGGUAAUGAGCUUUGGUUCUUCUGAACAGAUCAGAUAAUCAUGUUGAAAGAGAGGAAACAAUGAUUUAAAAGGGAAAAACAAUUAGUGAAUUUAGACCUCUUGGUGGUGUAAUUUGGCUCACACAGAGCAGGAGGUUAAAAUACCCUUGUGCAAAAUUACUAAUGCUUUUUUUCAUUUCGUAAUUAUCAGCAAUCCUGCAAGUCAUUUACGAUGUUACAUCUAUUACUUACAGCAUUGCUUGUGAAUCCAAUUUACUGAGGCAAACAGCAUGAAUUUAUGUUGUAUAAUAUUAUGUUAAAUAGUUUAUUAGAGGAGCAAAACAUUAUUUGAUCUGGAGUUUUUCUUCUGUCAUGAUCAUGUUGUUUUGAAGAUACCUACUGCUGUUUGAUUUCCUAACAUUGUGAUGUUUUGCCUUUUAGAGUCAAAUACACUGAACUGUACUGUUGUGCUGCAGACAAUGAACUCUUUUCUUUCUGUGCAACCUUCUGCAAAGCCAGUGUUGCCUCGUUGUCACAUUAGUUUUUAUAAUUAGGUUCUUUUUACACUAUUGAAACCAAACAGUUCCCAGUGGCCUACAAUAUAAGAGUUGGCUGGAAAAAGUAAUUUAUAAAUGCCAGCGUGUGCACUACAAUUGAUUAAAAUUUUUGUUUGUGGUUUUGAUACCAAAGGAGUUCCUCUCAGCAUGAACAGAAUGUGGAGGGUGGUGUGACAGCUCCAGCAACAAACAUAAAAACCAAAACUCUAAGUGGCAAAUUCUUGGAGAAUUUUUUGGUAUUGGUAUGUCAGUUUCACAAUUAGAUAUUGCAUUGCUUUGGAAGGCCAAAGUAAACCAAAUGCAGCUCAGUCAAAUGGUAUAUAACAGUAACUAUGUAAAUAAGUAUAGAAAUGGAGGUUUGGUGUGUGGAUCUUUAUAUGCUAAGGGAUGUAAGUACAAGCUAGCUGUUUUAUAAAUUCUUUUAUUUUUAAUUAACUGUCUUACUGAUUUUAAACAGCAGUAUUUUGUAUAAACCACUCCCCAGCUUUAACUGUGCUCUGGCUCAUCUGCAGUCUUUAAGUUUCCUGAGUACAACAAUCCAAUAGAUGGCACUAAAACUCAUCUCUGAACUAAAACAACGACUUACAUUUGAUCACAUUUUCUUCAUUGUAUUGAAACUUAAAAUCUCAACCUACAUAAGACAGAAUAAUAAAAAAUUUCCACUCUUUGAUAUAGAAUA